CUCUCACAUCUCAGUCGUUGGUCAUCGCUCACGAAGAUGCCCCCGCACCGGCGCCGGCACGUAGACCGCCUGAGCGCUCUGCCGGACGAGGUGCUGGAGCGGAUCCUCUCCCACCUCCCUUCCAACGAGGCCACGCGCACCACCUCGCUGUCCCGCCGGUGGCGCCGCGUCUCCGACGGCGUGCCGGUCGUGGACCUCGUCGACCGCAAGACGGACCGCCGGUGGCGGGGAAUCAGCCUCCCCGUGUGCUUCGACAGCAAGGUGACGGGCGCCAUCUUCUCCAAGGGCCCCACCACGCCGAUCCGUGUCCUCCGGCUGCACGCGCGCCAGCCGCCGGACGACCUGCUCGACGGCUGGAUCGCCACCGCCGCCUCCUCCGGCGCCGAGGAGAUCGACCUCGCGCUGCAGUACCGGCACUACUCCCGCCGCAGGCUCUGCCCCUUCGGCAGCUGCUUCGGGAAGGCCGACUUCGGGGAAGACGUCAGGGGCAGCUACACCAAGACGACGCGCCAGCUCUUCCGGUGCGCCACGCUGCGCCGCCUGCGCCUGGCCAACUGGACGCUCGACCUGCCCUGGGGCGUCGUCGUCGCCGCGUCGCUCCAGACGCUCUGCCUAAAGCGGAUCAUGGCGCGUGCCGCGGUGCUGCAGCAGCUGGUCUCGAGCUGCCCGCACCUCGCCGAACUGACGCUCGAGGAGUGCCCGACCGCCACCACCAUCACCGUGUCCAGCGACCGCCUCCGGAGCUUCGCCAUGGUCUGCUGCCACAACGCCCGGCGGGUCGUGCUGCGAACACAGUGCCAGCGGUCCCUACGCUACAAGGGCGGCCUCCCUUCGGACACCAUCCUAGACGUCCCCAACUACGGCGAGGUGGUGGCGCUGACCAUCGAUAUCUGUGAGGACCUCACAAGCAAAGCACCAAUGGAAAUCGCUCCAGUCUUGAGCUCAUCAGCCGGUGCAAGAAGCUGACGUACCUUCACCUCGAGCUGCGCCCCUC